AUGGCUGCAUUUUUACAGUGGAGACGAUUUGUGUUUUUUGAUAAAGAGACAGUUAAGGAUCCCGGAGAAAAUGGGAAAAAUUUCACAUUACCAGUUGGCAUAUCGGCUUGUGAUUCAGGUCGGGGGCACAUUGUUCUCGGAGAUAUGGAUGGUCAGAUUUGGUUUUUGACUCGGUCCUUGCAGCUGACAUCUUUCCAAGCCUACAAACUCCGCGUGACUCACCUGUACCAGCUGAAACAACAUAGCAUUCUGGUCUCAGUAGGCCAAGAUGAACCUGGAAUAAAUCCACUGGUAAAAGUAUGGAAUCUAGACAAGAGAGACAGUGGGAACCCUCUGUGUACCCGGAUUUUCCCAGCCAUUCCUGGAAACAAACCCACAGAAGUGUCCUGUCUGAGUGUACAUGAAAACCUUAACUUCAUGGCUAUAGGCUUUACAGAUGGAAGUGUGGUGUUGACAAAAGGAGACAUCACCAGGGACCGACACAGUAAAACUUUAACCCUUCACGAGGGAAACUGCCCAAUCACAGGACUAGCUUUUCGUCAGGGUGGAAAGGUCACUCACUUGUUCGUCGCCACCUUAGAGAAAGUCCAGUGUUACACUCUGUCCGUGAAGGAGUACCCUCGACUGGAACUGGACACACAUGGCUGUGCGCUGCGCUGUUCUGCGCUUACGGACCCUUCCCAGGACUCCCAGUUUAUCGUUGCUGGGGAUGAGUGCGUGUAUCUGUACCAGCCUGACGAGCGUGGGCCUUGCUUUGCCUUCGAUGGACACAAGAUCCUGGCCCACUGGCACCGGGGUUAUCUUCUGCUUCUUACUCGAGAUACAAAAUCGCCCAACAAGCCAGAUUUUGGAAGCAGGGAGACAUCACCUUCGGAAAAGCAGAUCUUAACGAUAUAUGACCUGGACAACAAGUUCAUCGCCUACAGUGCUACAUUUGAUAACGUCAUUGAUGUUUUAGCGGAGUGGGGCUCAUUCUACAUCCUUAUGCAUGAUGGACGGAUGUUCGUUUUGCAGGAGAAAGACACUCAGACCAAGCUUGAGAUGCUCUUUAAGAAGAACCUCUUUGUGAUGGCAAUCAACCUGGCCAAGAGCCAGCACUUGGAUAAUGAUGGUCUCUCUGAGAUCUUCAGGCAGUAUGGAGACCAUCUGUAUCUCAAAGGGGAUCAUGAUGGAGCUAUUCAACAAUACAUUCGCACCAUUGGGAAGCUCGAACCCUCCUAUGUCAUCCGCAAGUUCCUGGAUGCGCAGAGGAUCCACAACCUUACCGCGUACCUUCAGGCUCUACACAGACAGUCCCUGGCCAAUGCUGACCACACUACGCUGUUGCUUAACUGUUACACCAAGCUGAAGGACAGCUCCAAGCUUGAGGAGUUCAUAAAGAGCAGCGAGAGCGAGGUCCAUUUUGAUGUUGAAAUAGCCAUCAAGGUGCUCCGCCAAGCUGGAUACCACAGGCAUGCUGUGUUCCUGGCUGAGAAGCACAUGAAUCAUGAGUGGUACCUGAAGAUCCAGCUGGAGGACCUGAAGAACUACCAGGAGGCUCUGCGGUAUAUCGGGCGGCUGCCGUUCGACCAGGCAGAGAGCAACAUGAAGCGCUAUGGUAAGACCCUGAUGCACCACGUUCCAGAGGCCACGACUCUCCUGCUGAAGGGCCUGUGCACGGACUACCAGCCCAGCCAGGACUCUGCCGACAGGGAGAGCGUGGAGAGAAAUGCCAGUUCGGAGGAGUUCAUUCCUAUCUUCGCUAACAACCCCAGGGAGCUUAGGGCCUUCCUGGAGCACAUGAUUGAGGUCGAGCCAUUUUCACCUCAGGGUGUAUAUGACACACUGUUGGAGUUACGACUGCAGGACUGGGCACACGAAAAGGACACAGAGAAAAAGAAGGUCCUGCAGGGGGAGGCCUUGUCACUCCUGAGAAGUGACAACACAGUGUUUGACAAGGCUCUUGUCCUGUGUCAAAUGCACAAUUUUAAAGAGGGAGUGCUCUACCUGUAUGAGAAGGCAAAACUCUACCAACAGAUCAUGCACUACCACAUGCAGAAUGAAGAGUAUGGAAAAGUGGUUGAAGCCUGCAAGCGCUUUGGGGAUCAGGAGGUUUGUUUGUGGGAGCAGGCUCUUGGCUACUUUGCACGUAAAGAGGAGGACUGCAAAGCCUACAUCAGUGAAGUUUUGCAACACAUUGACCAAAAUAACCUAAUGCCGCCCCUUCUUGUGGUUCAAACACUAGCUCAUAACUCCACCGCCACACUGUCGGUGAUUAAGGACUACCUCAUAAACAAGCUACAGAGAGAGAGUCAGCAGAUUGAGGACGACGAACGGAAGAUUCGGCAGUACCGUGAAGAGACCGCCCAUCUGCGCUCCGAGAUUCAGGAGCUAAGAACCAGUGCAAAGAUCUUUCAGAAGACCAAGUGCAGCAUGUGCAACAGCCCCCUCGAGCUGCCGUCAGUGCACUUCCUGUGUGGGCACUCUUUCCAUCAGCACUGCUUCGAAAGCUACGCUGAGAGCGAGUCGGAGUGUCCGACGUGCACUCCCGAAAACCGCAAGGUCAUGGAUAUGUUAAGAGCCCAAGACCAAAAGAGAGACUUGCACGAUCAUUUCAACCGCCAGCUGAGGUAUUCUAACGAUGGUUUCUCCGUGAUCGCUGAUUACUUUGGCCGAGGAGUGUUCAACAAACUGACGUUGAUCACCGACCCUCCAGGAGGGAAGGCGGGGGCGGGCAGUCUGGAGGCAGACCUGCAGAGAGACCUGCUCAUUCACACUAAGAGACAAGUCUGAUCCCCCUGGCUGUCGUCUUAGCAUUUAAAAUGAAAUCCCUUAUGUGUAAAGCUGUACAUGAACUUUGAUCAUGGGUUUGCAAAAUGGUUCUUGUAAUUAAGCGCUCUGUUAUGAAUGAAGUUUAAUAUCUGCUCUUCUUGAGGCAAACUGUAAACUGCAGGAAGGAGGACUGGAAUGAAAUAUGCAGCUUUUGGAAAAUUAAAGUGGGAUGUUUGUACCACAUGUGUAGCAAGCUUAAUGUUGUGUUUGUCAUUUUGAGCUCCUAUGUAAGGUCUGAACUUCUAAAGAACUUGUAAACGCUUGUUGCAAUGCUCAUUUCUCAGCACA